CCUCGGGAGCGUCUGCGGAGCGUCCGGAGAGGCUCCGGUUACUUUUAUGCUGGGUGUUCCCCAUGGGUGCGAAGCAUUUUUUCCUGCAGCUGGGCAGGACCAAGCUCUUCCCCCAGCUCGAGGUUAAUCAUCUGCCUGCAAUUAACCGGUGACCUCCCACGCCCGGCGGGCCGCGCUGUAGCUUUAACGCGGGCGCUGGGAGCGGAGGGGGCAGCAGCGCCAGGGCCGGCCCGGAGCCGCUCAGAUCCCUCUCUGCCGCCUGCCAUGGAGAGCCGCAGCCUCCUCGCCGCCCUCCUGGCCGCUGCCCUCGCCGCCUUCCUGCCGCUUCCCGCCGCCUCCUCGGGCCACCGCAAGCUCCUGGUGUUCCUGCUCGACGGCUUUCGCUUCGACUACAUUGAUGACAGCGAGCUGGAGGGUCUGCCGGGCUUUCGGGACAUUGUCAACAUGGGGGUGAAGGUGGAUUACAUGACCCCAGACUUCCCCAGCCUCUCUUACCCAAAUUACUACACACUGAUGACGGGUCGCCACUGCGAGGUCCAUCAGAUGACUGGAAACUACAUGUGGGACCAGAAGGCAAAUGUAUCAUUUGAUAUUGGUGUGAAUAAAGAAAGCCUGCUGCCUCUCUGGUGGAACGGAUCAGAGCCUUUGUGGGUCACAAUGAUGAAAGCUAAAAAGAACGUUUCCAUGUACUACUGGCCAGGUUGCGAAGUGGAAAUCCUUGGAGUCAGACCAAGUUACUGCCGCGAGUACUUCAGUGUCCCAACAGACAGGAACUUUGCAGACGCCAUCAGUGAUGCCCUCGAGUCUCUGUGCAACAACAGCGCCGAGAUGGCCGCAGUGUACUACGAGCGCAUCGACGUGGAAGGCCACCACUACGGCCCUUCGUCCCAGCAGCGCAAGAACGCUCUGAAGGAAGUGGACAAAGCCUUGAGCAACAUGAUCUCACUCAUCAAGAGCAAAGGCCUUCAGAAUGACAUCAACGUUCUCCUUUUCUCUGAUCAUGGGAUGACAGACAUCUCUUGGGCAGAUAAAGUGAUUGAGCUGAAAAACUAUAUCAAUAUGAGUGAUACCAUACAAAUGAAAGACCGAGGUCCUGUUGUGAGUCUCUGGCCAGCUCCAGAGAAGCAUGCAGAGAUAUAUCAAAAAUUGAAAGCUGUGGAACACAUGGAUGUUUAUAACAUUCAGGAUAUUCCAAACAGGUUUUUCUACAAAAAAGGAAAAUUUGUGUCUCCACUAACUCUCGUGGCUGAAGAAGGAUGGUUCAUAGUAGAGAGCAGGGACAAGCUGCCCUACUGGGAGAAUGGGACGGGGAGGAAGGAGGCCUGGCAGAAUGGCUGGCAUGGCUACGACAAUGAGCUCAUGGACAUGAGAGGCUUCUUCCUCGCAUAUGGCCCAGAUUUCCGAUCCAACUACCGAGCACCUCCCAUCAGAUCUGUGGAUGUUUACAACAUCAUGUGCAGCCUGGCAGGAGUACAGCCACUGCCCAACAAUGGCUCCUGGUCCAGGGUGGAGUGCAUGCUCCGAAACACAGCCCCCUUGGCACCGCUCCCCCCGCGCAGCAGCUGUGUCCUGGCACUAGCUCUGCUCUCCCUGUUCGCCAGGCAGAUCUCCUUACUGUGAUCCCUGAACAAUGUCAGUCAGUGUCACCAGCAACUCCAUCCUUCUCUGUUUGUUUUUUUAAAGUUCUUCAUUUGAAUAAUAGCUUCAUUAAUAGAGGGCUGUCCCCCACUCCUCCAUUGUGCUCCACCAGGCAUGAAUCUGACCCAUCCUGCAUUUAAAAUGGUUUUAACAUGAAGCCAGGUUUUGUGCUGCUCCAAACACAGCUAAGGACAAUGGUCACUCACCUAGAUUUACAGCACUGCCAGUGAGGGCACAAUCCUGGCUGGGUGUCCACAAAGUUUUCUGGUGGGUGCACAUGGGGAUCUCUGAGCAUCAAACACAUCUCACCCCAGCAUCUUUCACUGAGGAGCUCACUCUGGUUGGCCAUACUGAGAAGUUCAGGAGUGGAGACCUCUCUGUGUGUAGCUGGGUUCAUCCUGGUUCACCCCUUCAUCUCCAGCUCCAGCAGCAGCAGAGCCCCAUCUUCUCCUUACAGCGCCAGCCAAGCCCUGCCUAUACAGACACAGUCUUUAAAGAGCCAAGAGCUUUGCUGAGGGACCAUACUGCUGAGAGAGGUGGGUCAGCAAGAGAGCAGUGAGAGCAUCCUGCUUCUCUCAGCCUUUCCUUCUUUAUUUUCACCAACACGAAUCCUGGCUCUGCCCAUUUCCAGGGCCAGGCUUUCCUCACAGACCACAACGGAGGGGAAGGCUGGGAAAGAAGAAAGUGACAGAAAUCCUCCACUUCAAAGCCAGUGGGAAAAUGAAUAGACAUCUGGACACACAAGGGUCAGGCGAACAUAGGAUGAGGAACCCUGGCAUUAAACAGCCCCUCUGCUUUUCCUGGUGAAGACAAUAUCAUCUGAUCACAUUUUGAUGUUUUAUACCCAAUUGCAUUUACGAAGUUUUUUCAACAUUUACUGCUCUUCUAUCAGCUUUUGCUCUCUAUACCUCUGCCUGGUGAUCAGCACAUUUCCCUUUAUUCUGCAGCAGGGAGAGAGGUCUACACUGAUAGAUCUCCCACCCUCCCAGCUAACUCGGGUGAUUUUUUCCAACAUGAGCUAUCAAGCACAAGCCAAGUUGUAACAGCAAAGUUAAAUUAAACAGCAGGAGAGGACAGAGCUGUUGCCAGAGGUGCCUUUGGGAGCGCAGAGCGCUUUAUCUGAUAUACCUCUGAACCAGGAGCUUUCAGCAACAACUGCCUUUGGAAGGACUGAGGUCCCUCCCCAUGUAAAACAAACCUCUAGGACUUACUACUCUUCUGGAUCCAGGGACAAGUACGAUCCCGGUAUGUGCGCUACAGUGCAGUUAAGGGUGAAUGAUUACACA